AACAUGUAUCGAAGCAAAUAGGAAUUUCUUUGUGCCAUUAGAUUUGUGUGUCUGCGCAGCCCGACGACCGGAAAAAUAAAAACUGCUCAUCAAAAGUCAUCGGAACAUCGGAGACGUGCAUCGCAAGGCGCGUUGCCACACGAGGGUGGAGUAUAGAGCGAGAAGAGCUGCGGGCCAGUGUCGACCGCUUCGACCGGUUUGCGCCGAUGCAUUCGACUACCCCACUUCUGGAACAACGGACUGAGCUGCUGCAGCAUCAGCAGAAGAGGUAACGUGUCCUCUGCUGCGUCCCCACUGACACGGACACCGACACUGUCCUCCUGGUCCUCCUGGUCCUCCUGGUCCUCCUCCUCCUCGUGCUCCUCCUGGUCCUCCUCCUCCUCCUCCUCGUGCUCCUCCUGGUCCUCCUCCUCCUCCUCCUCCUGGUCCUCCUGCUCCUGCAGCUGCUGCAGCUGCUGCUGCUGCUGCGGCUCUCGAUCCCCGAGCAACGGAGCAACGAGGAGACCGGGAGCGGAGGAGACGCGCAAACACGCAAUGGCAGAGGAGCGCGUCUAGUCGCGAGGACGAGGGAAGGGAGACGAGGGAGAAACGGGGGGAGUCGUAGCAGCCAUCGCAGUCCCCAGAGCUGAGGUCGGUCAUGGUCGGACGGGGACUAUGGGCGUGCAAGCCCCGGCUUGGAAAGCGAGGGGGCAGGAAUGGGGUCUUGCCUUUUGUCUGCGCCGCGAUGGCGACCGCAGCGCUGCUCGCCCUGCUCUUCGUCGACCUCGUCGAGUCAUGGGUCACCUCCAUGGGCAUGAACACCGUGGCGGAGCCGCACGCCGGCAUCGUCCCCCCGCAGAGCGUGCCCCCCACCCGACCCGAGGAGUUCCUGCUCAUGCCCAGCCCGCUCGUGUGCCAGCGUGCCAAGCCUUACCUCAUCGCCAUGGUUACCACGGCGCCUGCCAAUCAGCGGGCCCGCCAAGCCAUCAGGGACACCUGGGGAGGGGAGGUCGAGGUGAGGGGCCUGCGGGUCAUGACCCUCUUCAUGGUCGGCGUGGCGUCCGACCCGGGACUGGCCAAGUUGCUGAUACAGGAGGCCCGGGAGCGAGGCGAUCUGAUUCAGGGGCGUUUUUUGGACACCUAUUCCAACCUCACACUGAAGACCCUGUCCAUGCUGGGCUGGGCCCGCCGCUUUUGCCCUCAGGCUCACUUCAUGGCCAAAGUGGAUGAUGAUGUCCUGUUCAAUCCCAGCAGCCUUCUGCACUUCUUGAACAAGAGCCGCAAUCCCUAUGAACAAGGAGACUUGUACCUGGGCAGGGUGCAUCUCCAUGUGGCUCCGGACCGUGACCCUGAAAGCAAGCACUACCUCCCUGCAGGAGCCUACCCGCCCUCUGUCUUCCCAGAUUACUGCAGUGGUACAGCCUAUGUUCUGUCCCGCUCUGCCUUGCUCAAAAUCUCCCUGGCAGCCUCUGCUUCACCUUUAUCCACACCUCUGCCCCCUGAGGAUGUGUUUGUUGGUCUAUGUGCUCGGGCGGCCGGGGUGCUGCCAUCACACUGCCCUUUCUUCUCGGGUGGUCCAUUCGUUCCCUAUGGGCGCUGCUGCUACCAGGCCAUGGUGUCCAUCCACCACAUCCCACCCAGGGAGAUGCUGCACUUCUGGGCCGACGUUCAUUCAUCUCCUCCCUGCUCCUGGCUGAAUCUGCGUGCAUCCCUGGGGGUGUGCAAAGUCAGGGCGAUGCUUGGGUCGGCUUUGGGGCUGGAGCAGGGGUUGUGAGGGUCGUAAGUGUUGCUGAGCAGGAAAACAGGAAUCAGUGGGGCUGUGCCUCGCUUCAAUGCUGUGAACAGCACAAGUGCUCUUCAGAUUGUGAAGCUCCACUCUGUGCACUGAGAAAAUGGCAGUUUAUUUUUAUAGCUUUAUUUUUUUAAUAUAAUGUAUUUAACCGGCUUUUUUUUUUGUUGCAGAAAUGGGGAUGAUCAGUUGGUUUUACGAACAACUAUCUCACCUUUAACUUCUUUAGACUGUAACAGAAUCCUGCAUUAUUACACUGGCACAUACUGUAGAUGUAGAACACACAGCGUUGGCAUGCUGAUAGUAUAGUGAGAAAAUACGUACUUCUACCGACACUUUAUGCCCAACAUUUAUAAGCUGCUGCCGUCAUAUAUGUAGUAAAUCACCAGGUACUUAAAUUGUAGAUGUUAGUCUAAUAAUACACAGAAAUGCAUGUCUUCAAAAAACACAUCAAACCACAAAAUUGACAUAUACAAUAGGAAGGAAGUAAUGAUAGAUACAUAAAACUGCUAUUAUCUUAAAAUUAAUCAUGUGAAUAUAUGAAAUUAAUUCAUUUUGCUAUCCAGUAUUAAGGACACGAUGGUACAUGCAAUGGCAGCACAUUAAUUGGUCGGUUGGAGACAGAUUUGACCACUCAGUUCUGGGAACAGACAUCCUGCAAAGUGUCUGUUCUCUCUUGGAAGGCUCAGUAUUUCAGAAAACAUAAACAGUCAAACUGACGUGAUACACACCUAUAACGCCACUGAACUGGACUUCAGUGUUUUUAACUUUUUGUCUGUGAGGGGGCGAAACAUGAAGUCGAGUGUGAAAUGACAGUUUUGUGCCGAUGUGUCUCUAGACCGAGUUUAGGCCAGUAUGCUAUGAGUCAAUUUUAAAGGACAGUUUAUCUUGUGUCAAAGAUCAGGCCGUCUUACUCCUCCCACAAUGUAAACGUAGAGAAUGUCAGUGUGUUCACACUCAGCAAAUAGGUGUAUGGAUCCAAUGCGGUCACAAAUAAACCUCUCAGUGUCAACUUAGGGUUUGCCUGGCAUCUUUUUCAGAGGUCAAAACAUACACAUGCAUAUGCAGGUAUCUUCAAAGGAUGUUAACAAUGGCACAGGCUGAUAGUGUUUGUUUUACUGCUGCAAGGAAACAAACCUUAUGAUAAUGAACAGCUUCAAGGUUCCACUUGUGUUUGAACCCUGAUCACUCCCUGAUAUCAUGAGUCACUGGCAGUCCACAUUCCUGCUCAUUGCCAUUAGUAAGUGUGCCAUUUAGUGAACGACCAAUCUGUGAUUAACUGUUUGAUCAGCAAAUCUCAUUUAACUCAAGAACAAACACACAGGACGAGUGAGCCCAACAGUGGGAGACAUGUUACACUCCCACAUAUUCAGGUUUAGUUUAAAUAAGUGGCUUUGGAGUUUGUUAGUGCAUUGCUUUUAAGUUAGAUCAUUACCCUGCGUUCCAUUAUACCUCGGGAAUCAGAGCUCCUGUUUUGCCCAUUAUAAUCUCGGAACUCGGAAUUACGACUGAAACGCCCCUCCAAGUCAGAAUUCCAACUCGGGAGGUUGGGAAAAAAUCACCACCCCGACUUCCCGGCUCGGAGAUCCGAGUUCCGAGUUAUAAUGGAAUGUGCCAUGAGUUCAGUAGAGGCUCAAAGACCGACCGAGCCGCACUGUUUUCUACACUCCUGUGUGAGGAAUUCUUGGUGUUGGACACUCCUGUAACGAUUUGCAAACUGGAAUAAAUAUUUUGUUUCAUCUUAUA